AUGGCUCCAUGGUAUCCAUUUUGCACUUGUCUUGAUUUUGACCUUUCAGAAUUCAUCUGUGGGGCUGCUCUCAACAGGGAGCAAAUUAAUUUUAUCCUCAAGCUUUCAAGAUGUUUUCAUACUGAGGAGUGCACCCUAGAAACUUACAACAAUCUUGAGAGUACUUGGCGGGCCACUUCCCAUUGCAUGAUGAUGUUUCAGGAAAGUGUAAUAAGUGUGCCAUUUGCAGGUGAGAUGAUGGAGUUUGAAGUGCACUAUCAUUCACUGUGGGAUUGGGCUUCUGAUCUUUUGAAGGAUACCAGUGUGGGGCCAUAUUUUGUAUUUGAUGCUCAGCACCUAUCAAAGUUUGAUGGCUCCUCAUUUGUUCAUUUCAUUGAUGAACCAUGGAUGGCUGACAAUUUUUGGAAUGUACAAGUAUGUUGUUAG